ACUAUUAGUCAACUUAUAGAAAUAACAGUACGUGUUGAGAUAGCAGACAUAAUAGGGUCUUAAAUCAUAACUCGGCCUAGAUAUAAAAAGGAAUUUUAUGCUGUUACGGAUAGCCCAUAUUUAGAUAUACCGACUAUUUUUUCAUCUUGGGGUAGUGUACGAUUCCCAACUCUCGAAGAAGCCAAACAAUAUAUGCGGAAGAAAGGGAUUGAAAGUUUUAACGAGUGUAUCCAAGAAGGAGCAGGAAAUACGACUCCGAUUCUUGGGCAGGAAUUAUAUUUUACGGUGGUAAAUAGAAAAUCUAUAUUUGCUGAGAUAUGCAAACAGAAGAUUAGGUCAGAACUAGAUCGCGGUGUAAGGCCUAUCGAUAUUAGGAUAGCUCAGAAGCCGAUCUUAACACUAUUGAAUAAAUAAAGCGAUGUGGAGGAGGCUAUAAAUCGGUUAGAGGAACUUAACCUAGCUCAAUAAUAAUUUAGCCC